AUGGCAAGUCCCCGAAUGUUUAAUUUGGAAAAAGUUAGUAAAUAUGCUGGAAAACCUGGAUCAAUAAGGAGUAAUGCAAUGAAUUAUGGAGUGGAUAAUACUGCCUUUACACAUUCCGAUAUUCCCGAAAGAGCAUUAGAAAAAAAGUUGGAAACUAUUGAAAUUAAAUUGAGGAAUAGAGAAAAUAGAAAACCUGAAUGGAACUGUUCAACAUUUACAAAAGAAGCUUCGGAAGAACGAGCUCUAUUGAGGACACUUAGUAAGGAUUAUUAUAAAGCUGACAAGGAAAAGAAAGAACGAGAUGCAAACAAACCACCAUCUAACUGGAAUACAAGUACUUAUUUUACGAAAAAAGAAACAAAUGAACAUGACGAAAAGAAACUUUCGAAAUCUUUGAGAAAUACUAAAAAAGUUAUCUCUGAGGUUAAUGCACCUUCGUUAAUUGAAAGAGAAAAAUUGAAAAAAGAACAAGAAAUGAAGGAUAGAGAAGAGGCAACCAGAAUAACGAUGAGAGAACACUUUUUAAAUUCACCUCCAGUUACUUUAGGUCUUGCUAAAAGAUUAUAUGGAGAUAAAGGUAAAGAGAGCACUGUAACAUAUGUAGUUAAAGAUCUUGCUUGA